UGAUUAUGAGCUAGAAAAAAGCUACAAUAUAGGACUAUAUACAAAACAAAGUGAAACCAGUGUUCGAUCAAUUAAUAGCUAGAAUAGUCAUUGAAAAACCAGAAGACGUAUAUUCAUGGUCUAUAAAUUGGUUAUAAAAACAAUGUAAAUAUAUAUAUCAUAAUUUUGAAGAAAGUGGAGUAUAAGUGUAGUAACUUGUUCAUCAUGAUCUCAGUGAAGAAGAAGAGGAUGAGGAGGAAGUAGUUUUGGAGAUAAAAUAACAAUAAAAGUAACAAACCAGAACAGCAGUUUCUGCUGAAGUUUACGGAGAAUACAAUAAGAAAGAGGAUUUUAAGCCCAGAUUUAUACAGAAAUCAGAGGGCUAAAUUGAAAGGAUAAAGAAAAGAAUAUUAAAUUCUUUUAUGUUCUAAGCUUUGGAUGAAAAAGAUCUAAAUAUUGUAUUAGGAGCCAUGGAUGAGAAGAAAUUUUAGUAAGAGUUAUUAUUUACUUAAUAAAAGAGUUGGAGAUGUCGUAAUUAAACAAGGAGAUGAUGGAAAUGAAUUAUAUGUUAUUGAUGAAGGAAGAUUAGAAUGUUAUAAAAAGUUUACAGGAUUGGAGGAAGAGAAACUGUUAAAGACUUAUAUUCCAGGAGAAUCCUUUGGAGAAUUAGCCUUAUUGUAUAAUGCUCCUAGAGCAGCCACGAUUAAGGCUAUAGAGGAAGUCACAACAUUUGCUUUGGAUAGAGAGACUUUUAACAAUAUUGUCAAAUUUUCUGCCAUCAAAAAGAGAGAAUAAAUGGAAGAAAUACUAAAUAAAAUUGAACUAUUAUAAUCAAUGGAUAAUUAUGAAAGAGUUUAAUUAUGUGAUGUACUUAAAGAAGAAAAACAUAAGGCAGGAGAAACCAUCAUUACUGAAGUAUUAGUAAAAAUUAUAUAUAGGGUGAAAUUGGAGAUAAAAUUUAUUUGAUAAUAGAAGGAGAAUUAGAAGCUUAUUGGAAGGGAUAGAGUGAAAAAGUUUAUGAUUAUAAACCAGGAGAUUACUUUGGAGAAUUGGCAUUAUUGAAGAACACUCCAAGAUAAGCAACUGUUAUUGCUAAAGUAACUCUACCAUUUAAUUUUUUAGACUGAUGUUGUAUUAUUAUAUUGUGAUUUUAACUCAUUCAGAAGACUAAUGGGUCCCCUAGAAGAAGUACUCAAAAGAAAUGUUGAGAGAUAUGAAAAAUAUUUACAGUAAUGAUUAUAAUUAGAAAC